AUGCCAAAUGCAACAAAUGACAUUUGUCAUUUCUCAGUUCACAUCAUGGGAAACAAAGUGGAUUAUGGGGAACUUCCACAAUUCAUCUUUCAGCCAAGCAUUUUCAAAACUGCCCUACAAAAGAUACUGAAAACAAUUGAUGACUUACCUGUUUGUCCCGGAAUAAAUGAUCCAGCAAUAAUGGAUAUUCUUGCCGAAAGAAAAGAACUUACCUCUUUAUACCAAAUUGACUCUCAGAGUUCAAUUGCUGAUGGAAAAAUUGUUAAAUGUAUAAGAAGCACUAAGUGUUCUUACAUUAUACCAAAUGAGUCCAAAGUAAGAUGUCAUGAAUGCCAGGGUUUUCUAAGGUCUCACAGGUGUUUGCAAAAACACCCUUCUCCCGAGAGUACACAAUCCAAGACAGCUCAUGACUCCCAUGUUAACCUCAGCAAACUAUCUCGUGCUGAACUCAUUACCAGGGCAAAAAAUCUACACAAAGUGGUUGCCCAAAACCAAAGAAAGGCAAGACGAUACUACUUUUUGUAUCAGAGAGAAACACCAAAAAAAGUUGAAGCACCCAAAAAUUACAACCCAACAUCCUCUGGCCUUGGACAACUAAUGAACAUUGCCUUACAAAACCAGUGGCUUACUGAAAACUCUGUUUUGUAUGCCCUCCUGACUGACACUUUAACAUCACUCAAGCGUCAGGAGGAGGAAUUUUUACGGCAUGGAAAGCUAACUAAAAGUAAUCAGAAGCCACACCCUAAGGGAAUGAGGUAUAAUCCUCUUGUUAUUAAAUGGAGCUGUCUGAUAGCUAGUAAGUGUCACAAGAGGGGAUACGAUGUGGUUAGAAGUAUUCUGCCUAUACCAACCUGGGAGACUAUUAAGCAAUACAGGCAGGCAGCUAGCACAACAAGCCCCAUAUCUCACCAAAAUCUAGCACACAUGCUGCAAGAAAUGACAAGAAGGGGUUGUAAAGGAGUCGGGGGUAUACACUGGGAUGAAAUGAGUGUGAAAGAAGGAAUAGUACUGUGCAAAAGGACAGGAGAAUUAGUUGGCUUUGAGGAUUUAAAUAUUAACUCUGAACUCAAUCUCAGUCCACAUGAUCUUGAAAAUGAAGAUGACAAUGAUGAAAACACAUCUGAAUCAAGUGAUUCUGACACUGGUCCCACUGAUUCUGACUCCGACACUGAUGGAAUAUUUUCAAAUGAGAAACCUACAAAUCAAUCUAAAAAGGCCAAACUUAUUUGCCAGUUUUUCUACUCAUCAAUAGAGGGGGAUUUUUCAUGGCCUGUAGCCUCUUUCCCACUACAAAAAAUUGACCAAAGAGCUCUUUCUUCUCUGGUUUGGCAAGUAUGUGAAGCCAUUGGCAGUCUUAAUCUGGAAAAUGGGAAAAAAAUAGAAGUUAUAUAUGGUGUUUCAGAUGGUUCCACAUAU